AUGGCGUUCGCCAACGGUCAUCCGGCCUCGCCUGCCUCCGACACCGCCAGCUUUGGGAAUGAGCCUUUAGCUAGUGAUGGUGACAGCAACAUGUUCGAUUCUGUUGACAACCACGUCGUUUCCGACUCUUCUCCGGAUCCUGACGCCGCGGACGAGUCCUUCAACGCCGACUCUCCUGAUGCAGAAGGGUACGAGGAUGAUUCGGCAAUGGAGGACCAUGCGAAGGACAGUAGCCAGUCCAGUAGCGAAAACUCUUCAUCUGAAUCCGGACGGGGGACAAAACGCAAAUCAUCCUCGGUCAAUGAAUCGGACUAUAUCAGACAAAAUCCAGAUCUGUACGGACUUCGCCGUAGUGGACGCGCUCGUACAACACGUCAGGUAGCCCAGUCUCUCUCAGACUCAGACUCGGAUGCAGUGGCGCCUCGCUCAAAGCGUCGGCGCCCUGUAGCUUCACAACAAACCUCCAAGCGCCCCUCCCGCUCCGCAACCCAGUCUUCAUUCUCGGAAGAUUCAGAAACAUCUGAAUCCGAAUAUGGGGGCAGCCGUGCUCGCACAAGCAAGGCGAAGCGUCGCCGACAGCAGGCGUCAGCAAGCGAACCUUCUCAUGCCGAGGUCCGCUUCUCGACAAGAAAUGCUGCUAGGGUCUCCACAUACAAUGAGGACGAUGAUGACUCAAUGUUUGAGGAUGACCCAGAUGAUCUAAUGCAGAAUUACUGGGCGAAUGCAGUGGAAGAUGACCGUCCUGCCGUGGAUGUUGUUCUCAACCACCGUCUGAAAGCAGGUGUAGACUCUAGUAAUACCGACCUCGAUCGUCAUGACUUCGAGUUCUACAUAAAAUGGCAAGGCAAAUCCCAUUACCACGCAACAUGGGAAACUGCCGAGUCUCUUGCCAACUGCCGCAGCACGCGCCGCCUUGACAAUUACAUCCGAAAGGUCCUGUAUGAAGACAUUCGCUUGAGGCAAGACGAGGAUGUAGCCCCCGAGGAUCGGGAAAAGUGGAACCUUGAUCGCGAAAGAGACGUAGACGCCAUUGAGGAUUACAAACAGGUUGAGCGAGUCAUUGCUACGCGGGAAGGCGACGAGGGAGCCGAAUACCUCGUUAAAUGGAAGCGCCUCUUUUACGACUCCUGCACAUGGGAAAACGAGGAACUCGUUAGUGAAAUUGCUCAGUGCGAAAUAGAUCGCUUCUUAGAUCGUUCCUCUCGGCCUCCAGUCUCCGACAAGUCGGAGUCCAACCCUGCCAGCCGAAAAUCAUUUGAAGCUAUCAAGGGUACCCCAAGCUUCUUGCGCAACGGCGAGUUGAAGGAGUUUCAGGUUAAGGGUGUCAAUUUUAUGGCCUUCAACUGGGUCAAGAACCGCAAUGUCGUUCUUGCCGACGAAAUGGGCUUAGGUAAAACUGUACAGACUGUUUCAUUCAUUAACUGGCUACGGCAUGUUAGACGCCAGCAAGGGCCCUUUGUGGUCGUCGUCCCCUUGUCUACCAUGCCUUCCUGGGCGGAAACGUUUGAUAACUGGACGCCCGACCUGAAUUAUGUUGUUUACAACGGUAAUGAAGCUGCUCGUACAGUUUUGCGAGAGCACGAGCUCAUGAUUGAUGGCAAUCCUCGACGGCCAAAGUUCAACGUCCUCCUAACAACCUAUGAAUAUGUUCUCCUAGACUCAUCUUUCCUGAGCCAAUUCAAAUGGCAAUUCAUGGCUAUCGAUGAAGCACACCGGCUCAAGAAUCGUGAAUCUCAGCUGUAUGCAAAGCUCCUCGAGUUUAGGUCUCCUGCUCGGCUCCUUAUUACCGGUACUCCUAUUCAGAAUAACCUCGCUGAACUUUCUGCCCUUCUGGACUUCUUAAACCCUGGCAUGGUUGAUAUUGAUGCCGACAUGGAUUUGAACGCGGAGGCUGCCUCUCACAAGCUUGCGGAGUUGACUAAAGCCAUACAACCUUUUAUGCUUCGGCGAACAAAAUCUAAAGUCGAAUCAGACCUGCCUCCCAAGGUGGAAAAGAUUAUUCGAGUAGAGCUGUCGGAUGUUCAGCUGGAGUAUUAUAAGAACAUCCUUACAAAAAACUAUGCUGCGCUGAACGAUGGCGCUAAGGGCCAAAAACAGUCCCUUUUGAACAUUAUGAUGGAAUUGAAGAAAGCCAGUAAUCACCCUUUCAUGUUUCCGAAUGCCGAAGCGAAGAUUUUGGACGGUAGCACUCGCCGAGAGGAUGUGUUGAGAGCCAUGAUCACCAGCAGUGGCAAGAUGAUGCUUCUCGACCAGCUUUUGGCGAAGUUGAAACGUGACGGCCACCGUGUCUUAAUCUUCAGCCAAAUGGUUAAAAUGCUUGACCUUCUUGGCGAGUAUAUGGAAUUUCGUGGCUAUACGUAUCAACGGCUUGAUGGAACGAUUCCGGCGGCCUCUCGCCGCCUGGCGAUCGAGCAUUACAAUGCCCCCGGAAGCAGUGACUUCGCCUUCAUUCUCUCUACACGAGCAGGUGGUCUGGGAAUUAAUCUCAUGACGGCCGAUACAGUUGUUCUGUUCGACUCGGAUUGGAAUCCCCAGGCCGAUCUGCAGGCCAUGGCAAGAGCACAUCGUAUUGGACAGACGAGGCCUGUUAGCGUGUAUCGUCUCGUCUCCAAAGAUACAGUAGAAGAGGAAGUGAUUGAGAGGGCCCGGAAUAAGCUUCUUUUGGAAUUCAUCACGAUACAGCGUGGUGUCACCGACAAGGAAGCAUCAGAGAUCCAAAACAAGAUGGUGCGAAAUGGAAUUUCCAUCACUGAACCGAACUCGACUGAGGAUAUUUCCCGUAUUCUCAAGCGUCGUGGCCAGAGAAUGUUUGAACAGACCGGAAACCAGGAGAAACUGGAGCAGCUUGACAUCGACUCCGUGCUUGCAAAUGCCGAAUUGCACCAGACCGAACAAGCCGAGGAUAUCCAGGCUGAUGGAGGUGAAGAAUUUCUCAAGGCCUUUGACUACGUUGAUAUCAAGGUCGAUGACCUUACAUGGGACGACAUUAUCCCCAAGGAGCAGCUGGAGGAAAUCAAAGCUGACGAGAAGAAGAAAGCUGACGAACGCUAUCUCGCCGAGGUUAUCGAACAAAAUCGGCCACGCAAGCGUAAUGUGCCUGGGGACGGACGGGAUUCUCGUGAAGAACGCAAAGCAAAGAGACAAGCGAGGGCUCAGGUUGCCCUUGAUGAUGGCGACGACGAUUCCGAUUCGAAUACGCAACUGGACCCAAAACGGCCACUUAUAGAGAAGGAGUAUCGCCACCUGUUGCGUGCCUUCUUGCGUUAUGGUGAUAUAGAUGAUCGCGAAGAGGAUGUUAUUCGUGAGGCGCGUCUGCUGGACCGUGACAGGGAGACUGUUAAGGCUGCACUUCGUGAGAUCACUGAGAAGGCUUCCUCUCUUGUCCGCGAGGAUAUUGAGAAGAUGGAAGCUCUUGAACAUGCCGGCAAAAUGCCCACUAAGAAGGAGAAGAAAGCCGUUCUUUUUGAUCUACACGGUGUGAAGCGUCUUAACGCAUAUACCAUCGUUGAGCGCCCCGCUGAGAUGCGGAUCCUGAAGGAAGCGACAAACGCAGUGUCUGAUUUCAAGAAUUUUCGGGUCCCCGAAGCCACCAAGGCGGCUGACUACUCCUGUCCAUGGGGUGCCCGGGAAGAUGGAAUGCUUUGCAUUGGCAUCAAACGUCAUGGCUAUGGUGCCUGGGCUCAAAUUCGAGAUGAUCCAGAUCUUGCACUUGGGGAUAAGUUUUUCCUUGAGGAGCACCGGGUUGAACGGAAAACCGAGCGCCUGAACGCAGAGGAUAAGUCUACUAAGUCUCCCGGCGCUGUUCACCUUGUCCGCCGGGCAGAUUAUCUGCUAUCCGUUCUCAAAGACAAAGUUACCAAUGGUUCAAGCAUCAAUGCUAAGAGGGCUGUUGAGAAUCACCACCGCAAUAAUCGCAAAGGUUCUCGGCCCCACGCUAGUACUAGCGUCUCUGCUUCUCCCGCGCCUUCGAUCUCACGCAAAGGCCAUCGUGAGAUGGAUCGGUCAAGGCAUCGUUCUCAUACGCACGGGGCUCGGGAUAGCGUUGAGCGCCAUCACACUCCGAACUACGACUCCCGAACAAGGUCUCUUCAUGAGAGCGAACGCGCCCGCCAUAGGACCUCCGAUGCGUCGAGUGAAGAUGUUCGUCGCCGGAAGAAUAGUGAGAACGGCUAUUCCGCAGGCAAGGAGGACGUCGCACGCCUCUUCUUUAAGCCCAUUCGUGAAGACCUCAGGAAGGUCUCGGCUGUUACCAAGGAGAACUACCCCAGUAAAGCGGAGCGGGCUUCCGAGUUACGGAAUCUUCUCCGUAAGAUCGGUGAAUUUAUAGAUGGUACUUUGAAGGGACAAGGCUCUGUUCAUGCCUUAGAGACCCGUUUAUGGCAUUUUGUGGCGGAUAAUCAUUGGCCUAAUAAAGAAGCUGGAGGAGCCAAACUCCAAGAAAUGUAUCGAAAGUUGAUGGCUGCGCAGAAAGUUGCAGCUGCCGCCCCAGCUCCCAAUGGAAGCUAG